AAGUGUAAGUGUGUGUUUGCAAGGGGUGGUGAUACAAUUCUCCACCCACAUCUAGUACCCAUUUAAUGUUCAUAAACAACAUAAUACUAUGCUUUCUACAAAUACCAACAUAUUGCAGUAUAUUGCAGCCUGAUCAGCACUUACAUGUGCAUAGGGCUCCAUCUGAGGCUACAUGCUCCUCUAGAAUCAUGAUAACUAACAUGGGAAAGGGAAAAUUACAUUUUAAAUAAGCUUUUGGUUCCUUAUCCGGGGACUAGCAUUCACAAUGUGAUUGGCUAUCGGAGUCACAUGGUGAAAGUAACUUUACGGGGUCGCCAGCUAGUAGGAGGGCUUUAUGGAGCAGAAAAACGACAAAGCGAGAAAAAUUAUUUUCCACUCCAGAAAUUAAUGAUCAUGAGUUCGUAUUUGAUGGACUCUAACUACAUCGAUCCGAAAUUUCCUCCAUGUGAGGAAUAUUCGCAAAAUAACUAUAUCCCAGAUCACAGUCCGGAAUAUUAUAGCCGGUCCAGGGACACUGGAUUUCAGCAUCACCAUCAGGAACUAUACCCUCCAAGAACAGCCUAUACUGAGCGACAGUACAGCUGUGCCAGCAUACAGAGUCCAGGGAACCCCUCUACACAUGCCAGGGUGCAUGGACAACCUCAAAGCAACCACCACCUUGUAGGCAAACCUCAGAUCUGUGAUCUUCCAACACCAUCUCUUUCUGCCAACACCUCCAAUUCUACUUCCCCAGCACCCCCAGCUUGCAACCAGCCAAAUUCUGAACAUCCUACCAGCACAGCUACCAAACAACCAGUAGUCUACCCCUGGAUGAAGAAAAUACACGUCAGUUCUGUGAAUCCUAAUUACACUGGGGGUGAACCCAAGAGAUCCAGAACUGCCUAUACAAGACAGCAAGUCUUGGAAUUGGAGAAAGAAUUCCAUUAUAACAGAUAUCUGACCAGACGAAGGCGCAUUGAAAUUGCUCACUCCUUGUGUCUUUCCGAAAGGCAGAUCAAGAUCUGGUUUCAAAACAGGAGAAUGAAAUGGAAAAAAGACCACAGGUUACCUAAUACAAAAGUGAGAUCCAAUGCUUCGUCCAAUGUAUCCAGCAAUAUCAUUGCUCCCAAUUCUGCUGCCAAUGAGGAUCUUACACAAAGCUCUGCUCAGGAUCAACGAGAGGAUAUUACAAGGUUAUAAAUGCAUCACAAAAACACACAAAAAACCCAGAUGACUUGAGUAUUUAUAGAAUCUAAUAAUAUAUAUAUAUUUUGGUUCUUGUGGUUUUUUUCCUUGUGCUUUGGGGGAAAAAUUGAGAGGUCUUUUGGAUCAUCAAAAAGGCUUUAACUGCAUGUCACAGAGCAUGGAGCCAGGUUCUAUGUAAAGUGUUUGUUUGUUUUUUUUAUUAAGCCCGUUUGUCUUUAUUUAUUUUUUAAGAAAAAAAAUCAAUGUUCCGUUCUAAGUGGUUUUGCUAAAAUAGAAAAAAAAAACAGGGUUGCAAUUUUUCCCUUUACAUAUUUAAAUGAUAGGUCUAUUGACAGUAGAAAAAAAGAAAUAUCGCUAAGUAAUUUUUUUGUAUAAAUUAUUAUUAUAAUUAUUAUUAUUAUUAUUAAAAAUGUGAUACAAUUAUUUAAAUAAAACCACACAAUAGCACAUAAGAGAAAACGUGUCUGUUUUAAAAAAAUAAAUGCCACAAUGUGAAGACAUUGAAAGAAACUUUCCACGUCCUAGAUUUGGUAGAUUUUGUUGUGGACAGUGUGUUUCAUUAUUAUUUUGUCUUUUUUUGUGGUUUUUAUUUUAUAUUUAGUUGAGACAUUGUAACGAAAAAAUGCUAUCAACAGUUCUAGUGUAAUGUACCGUCUUGUUCAAUAAAACAACUCAAUGUGUUUUAGUUUAAUCUGUCAGUCCAUUUGUUUAUUUGAAAUUGUGAAUGCUGGGUUUAAAAAAAUAUUUUUUCUAGAAAAAACAGAA